CGCCCCUGCUCCCCGGUGACGCAGCACCCAGCCUUUCGCAGCGCAACGCGGAGCUGUAACGAGCCAGAUUGAGUAAUCGCCGCUGCUUCCCGAUGGGAUCCAAACGAGCGCUGGUGAUCUUGGCCAAAGGGGCCGAAGAAAUGGAAACGGUUAUCCCGACGGAUCUGAUGCGCAGGGCAGGAAUUUCUGUGACCGUAGCGGGAUUGUCCGGAAAAGAACCUGUGCAGUGUAGCCGUGAUGUGGUGAUUUGUCCCGAUACGAGUUUGGAAGAAGCCCGGAAAAAGGGGCCGUAUGAUGUGGUGGUCCUGCCAGGGGGUAACCUGGGAGCUCAGAAUUUGUCGGAGUCGCCCCUCGUGAAAGACGUCCUGAAGGAUCAGGACAGCCGGAAGGGCCUCAUCGCAGCCAUUUGUGCAGGUCCCACAGCUCUUCUCGCUCACGGAAUCGGCUUUGGAAGCAAAGUGACCACUCACCCCUUGGCCAAAGACAAGAUGAUGAGCGGGGAUCAUUAUAAAUACUCGGAGAAUCGGGUGGAGAAAGACGGGCAUAUCAUGACAAGCCGAGGACCAGGCACCAGUUUCGAAUUCGGCCUGGCGAUCGUGGAAACGCUGCUGGGGAAGGAAGUGGCCACCCAGACGAAGGCGCCUCUCGUCCUUAAGGACUAGAAGCAUGACACACCCAGAAAGCCUCGCCCGGUUCAUUUUUACAACCAGGAAUUAUUAUUAUUUUUUGUUCGCCCUUUAGUGGGCGAACCGUUGAAGGAACGGAGUGCAGCUGCCAAUGUCAUCUGUGGCAAUUUCAUUCAUGCAAUAAAAGAGGAUGUGUGUUGAACGGA